AUGUCAUCAAGUAAGAAUAGUCGUUUUGAAGUAUUCGAAGAGAAAAUUAAAGAAUUACAACUUUCUGAGGAAGAACAAGCGGCAUUUCGUAAAGCGAAAUCACAACUACAAAAUCAUACGAGACUUGGUGCACUUGCGGGACUUUUUGUUGGUGGUUAUGUUUCUAAAGUAAGAAAGUUUACUAUCGGUACAAGUAUAGCUAUAAGUAUAGGAUCAAUAGCUAUCGGAAGUCAGAUAGGAUUUUUUACUGGAGCUGCUGCUGGAAUAAGAACUGUUAAAUCUUUACCAAAUUCUCAAAGAAUUUUCGAAAUUGUUAGAGAAGUUCAAAAUUUCAAAAAAUUUCCUUCAAGAAAAGGUCGAGAAGUAGAACAUGAAGAUAAUAAUAAACCAUCCACUUUCCCCGAUGAAUUUUCAUCAGAUAAUCAAGAUUUUAACGAUAGUGAUGAGGGUCAACAAUCUUCAUGGACAAAUUUAAGAUCACCAUCAGCUCCUUCACAGGAUGAUAAUAAUGGUAGUUCAUGGGAUAAAGUUAGAGCACAAAAUUCAGGUUCAAGCACUUGGGAUAAAAUUCGUCAAAAUAAUAAAAACAAAAGAAGACUUUGA